AUGACGACGCAAGAAGUUCCCGUGCAGGGUCGCUUCCCUCAGGAGAACAUCCGCGGAUAUGGUCCUACCAAAGUCUACAGUAUGACCGCUACCGUCGAGAUUACCGCCCCCAAUCCGCCAUCCGAGAAUCACACCAUUCGAGUCAUCAAGGUCGAGAUAUCAUGCACCAACUACCUUGACACUCAUACCAUUCUCAUCGAUGACGCUAGCAUUCUUCGUAUGUUUGUGAUAAAAGAUGGUACUAUACAAAUUGAUCUGAGUCCUCUCGACAUGGCGAUACCGGUAUUCGGAUUGGAGGCUGCUGGUCCUAUGCCGGACAACGACGGAGAAGAAGAUACAGACGAGGACAUCGAAAUGGUCAAGAAAGCUUGGGAAACUUGCCGGCUGGUCUGGGGACACUAUGAUAGACUUACGGAGUUAGGCAAGCAAAUGUCUAGGAAGAGGGAACCUGAGCUUGCUGGUCAAGCUAGUAGUGCUGAGCGCCCUGUACAACCAGUAGGGCAGAUAGAUAAGCUUGUAACAGAACGCCAACGACCAGUAUAUGCACAGCGACCGGCAGAUCUUUCCUCAUCUACCCCGAAGACUAUGACACCUCCUAUACAUAUCGGCGGCGGCGCACACUCGCAGCUAGAGGACUGCGAACAUUGGAGUGACAUUGAAGAGAACGGUGAAGCCCAAGUUGGGGAUGGCCUAUCGAAAGACGGCCCAGAAGACGACAGGGAAGAAGACUCUGAGGAUUACAAUGAAGGCGGAUACGAAAAUACAGAUGACGAAGAUUUCGAACAGUCUACCGCCGCAAAGUCCAAGCGUUUGAACAGUACCAAGGAGGCUCCUAAACUGUCUCAGAAGGCGCUAGGAAAGCAAUCAGCGAAGCCCACCUCAUCUGGAGCGCCGCGCAAGGUAAAGCUUCGAGACCCGACACUGAUGAUCUGGCCAACAACUAUCAUCACGACUGGUACCGCAGGACAUAAUCUACGACCUCUUAUGGAAAAGAUGGGCCAGACUCUGGCGACAGAGGCUGAGCGCCAGGAGUAUAUGGAUCUCGUGUGGACGCGUCACCGAGCCGCUGAAGGCAACGAUACUGUCAAGCAGAUCGUUGUUGAUGACCUUGAGACCUUUGUACGUAGUCAUGGUAUCGUCGAUCUGCACAACCUAUGGGCGCGAUGGAUGGAAUCUGGCAUCAAAGUUGCCAUGCCCAUGUUCAAGCCGGUUGGGAUUGGUGAGAUGGACGCAGCCGAGAGGCUGAAUAUGUUUAAGAGGAAGAAAAAGGUACGUCGGGGCUGA